GAACCGUGUUGGGCAGUUGCACAGGUCAAGGCAGCAGCAGCAGCAGCAACAACAGCAGCAACAGCUCUCGGGGCUCGCUGUUUCAGGGGAGAGGAAUCGGUCUCCUGUUUCCAGCCUUUGUUGUGAAGGCAGCCGCACGCUUACAGCAAGCAGCCCAGCGAGAAAUUUAAUUAUUUCUAACCCACCUUCCAAAUCCACGUCAAUGAAGGAAAGAAGAUCAAGCCAGAAACUCACCAAAAACGCGAUGGAUAAUCAAACCGUGAAAUGCAAGAUAGUUGUGGUGGGCGACAGUCAAUGUGGAAAGACAGCUUUGCUGCACGUUUUCGCCAAGGAUUGUUUCCCGGAGAGUUACGUACCCACCGUCUUCGAAAAUUACACAGCAAGCUUUGAAAUUGAAACGCAGAGAAUAGAGCUGAGUCUCUGGGAUACUUCAGGUUCACCCUACUACGAUAAUGUCCGACCACUUUCCUACCCAGAUUCGGAUGCCGUUUUGAUUUGUUUUGAUAUAAGUCGCCCGGAGACCCUCGACAGUGUGCUUAAGAAGUGGAAAGGUGAGAUCCAGGAAUUUUGCCCGAACACAAAAACCUUGUUGGUUGGCUGUAAAUCUGAUCUGCGUUCUGAUCUGACCACCUUAGUGGAGUUGUCCAAUCACCGACAAAAUCCAGUGUCUUAUGAUCAGGGUACCAACAUGGCCAAACAGAUUGGAGCAGCAACAUAUAUUGAAUGCUCAUCAUUGUCAUCGGAGAACAGUGUAAGAGACAUUUUUCACGUGGCUACGCUGGCCUGUGUAAACAAACCAAACAAAAAUGUCAAACGUAACCAAUCGAAGCGAGCUACAAAACGAAUUUCACACGUGCCCAGCAGACCAGAACUGUCUUCAGUGUCCCCUGAUUUACGGAAGGACAAGGCACGAAGCUGCACUGUGAUGUGAAGACGGUGGGGCUGGGCAGUGGAAACGGAAAGAGAUCAGCUUAAAGUUACAAUGACAUGAAAUGAAAGGCUAUUUUGACAAAACAGGAAAGGACUCCGUGCAGAAUGCAGCAUCAUUUACAUACCAGUGUGUCUCAAAUCGCCUUUGCAAAGAUAUCCUUCACCUUUUCAUGUGUGCGACAUUGGGGUUCAGAGAGUGGAAUGACCUGGCUUAGAAAAAGCUGGGUGUAGAUGCUGCCAGUGGAAUUAGUGAGAUGGAAUCCUAAGGGAAUCCAGGUUAAAGACUUGCAAAGGCCUUGUACCCAUAAAAUGAGGCAUGCGGGCCUGAUUGGAGGGGAGGGCAAGCAAAGGAAACUGUUAAACCUGGAAGCAAACUUAACACCAUCCUUUGUUCUUGAGGAUAUAUUUCCAAGAUCCAGUGGUGGGGCCAAUAAUCUCCACAUAAUAUUGAACAUGUAACAAGCUGUAGUUGCACUUUGACCAUUAUUGCAGAAAUGAGGUCAUUCCAGUGUUUUUACAUCACUGAACAUUAGUUUCUUCACUAAACAAUGCUGUAUGAUUGGUGCAUCAUGAUGCUUUAGGGUGGUAUAUAACAGCUGGCAAAAGCUUCUCUGUAAUAGGUAUUGUGUACUUUAAAUUAUGUUUUCAAAAUGUAGUGUUUUUCAAUUUUUUUGAAUGUUGGAAGUUUGUAAGUCCAUUCUAAUGUUUUGGCAGUAUUUAUUGAGGUAUAGUUUUUGGAAAAUGUAAUCAAGUAUUGAUGUAAAUUAUUGCAAUAAUUCGUUUUAAAAGCCACCAUUUAGAUUUAUUCAAGCAGUUUAUAGUAAGCAGACUUCUAUACCGUAUCACUAAACUGUAUUUUUAAUCUAAGCUUAUUAAAGCUUAUGAUUUAUUACAAAGAAUACUUAUUUCUUUGCCAAAUAAAAAAAAAACUGAUCACA